UGACCCGCCCAUCAAAACGGUGCCCCUGACGAUGACACUCUAUACAUAGCUUGCACUCUAAAAAAAAUAGCAGACACGUUCGAGCACGCUCAACGCCUGACACCCAACGCCUUUCCGCGAGAAACCAUCCAUGCCUCGCUUUACCCCGCUGCGGAGCUGGGGCGCUUUGUCUAGGCGAGCUGAGACCGUAGUACUACCUAUUACGGACAUUGAUGCAUUCCUCGACCAGCCAAUCCUCUCAGAAAAGCACAGCGCCGGCUAUGAUGGCCAUAACGAGCCAAUCGCCCUUACUAUCCAGCCAGGCUCGCCGAUGGCAACGACCGUCGUGACAAUGCCAUUGUCAGGAGCUCGGGUGCUGAGCCCGCUGCAGAAGGGCGCGCUUGAAGGCGACUUUGAGGCGGUGGUGUGUGAGCUGGUGCUGAAGGGCGCAGACGUGAAUGAGAAGUGCUCGCUGACCAACCAGAACAACGACCUGGUCGAGGGGGUCACGCCUCUGUACCUUGCGGCCCAGGCCGGCAACAGCGAGAUGUGCAGGCUGCUGCUGCGGCGCGGCGCCGACGCGCGGCUGAGCAGCCUGGUGGUCCGCACCGGAGAGCGCUUCACACCAGGCGACGUGGCAUUGACCAGGGGCUACGUGCGGCUGUGGUGGAGGCUCCGCAGGGCGGCGAAGAGCCCCAACAAGAGCAAGGUGAUGGCCGAGACACUUCACCGCCAGGUCUCAGCGCCACAGCCGUGAGGCCGGCAACAGGGGCACCCCUGGCCGGCAAGGUGUGGGGCGAAGCAUUAAAUCCUCUUAUUGGGGGGCUGCUACAUUAGUUUCAUGUCUGUCGGCAUUCACCGCAAGCUGUGCGACGGCAGGAGAUCGUUAUGUGUGAUCGGGGGGGGGGGGGGCAGGGGUAAAGAAUCCGGAAUCUGCUUUCAGAAUUGUGAUCAGGUAGUAGUUGCGAAGAUGUGGGCCCCUCAUAAGUCGAGGGUCGGUCGUCGAAUUUCAGGGUCCCAAGGUUUCUUCACCGGUGUCCCGGAAAGUGUAGUCUGGGCCUCAUAAGACAGCCGGGCAAGCCCAGACCGCUGCCCAAAGCAUGAUAUGGAAGCUUUUGAAGGCUGGGGAAUGUCAGGAGCCUACCAGAAGACGAAGGGCUACUGCCCGUCAACACAUGUUGGGUUGGGAUGUUGGGGUGCGACACGUCUCGCCUAACCAGAACGGCAGAACGUCCCUGAAGUCGCGGACCGGUGCUUGCACGCCCAAGGAAAACGCAUACACAUGUCUUAUGCGUAGAUAUGUCUCGUUGUGGGAUGAAUUAGAUGAGUGCACCUGAAUGGUGGCAGAUGUUCACCACCGUUGACAACGUGGCUGCUGCUGUGGUAAAAACGGGCCCUUCUUCUUGAGAGAGUGGUUACAAAGCCCUGCCCUGCGAACUUCUCAUGCUUGCGUGCUGAUAGAGCUCGCUGAAAGCAGUCAAUUUACGCCAUCCUGGUUGAGUACAGAUGUGUUUAAUGGAGUGUAUGGCACGGUACGGCACGGUCGUCGGUCGGGGGUUCUGGGAGGUUUGCAGGUGGUGGUCGGGAACCAUGGUUUGUUGUUGUCUUGUGUGUGGUUACAAGGUGGUGAGCACGACGUGCAUUCCUGUCCCUGGAUAGACCGAGGCCCGGGCCGGGGGAGCCCUUAUAACGCCAGCAACACUUAUAAAUGCGGCUAGUUUGGUCCCCGAAUGGGGGUGCUUUUGCUCCUGUGACACGCCAAUCAGUGGCGCCAACAUCAGUUGCAAAUAUAGUGUAGCAUGGGAGGUACCCUUGUAAGCCUUUUGUGCCAGCCAAAAGACCUAAACGAGAUGAGGGGUGUUACGUGGCGGUGGGGCUUUGGCGGGCUUCGGCUUGGCUUCGACUCAUGCGCGUAACGCUAUGAAGGUCGGCAGUCAACCAGGGGGUGGGUGUUUCUCUCUGGGCCGGAGACGGUCCCUCGCGGCGUGGGUGUGUGAUGGGACAGGGUUCAGGCAGGUUGACUGUCCCUUCAAUUGUAAUUCGCAUCCUUUUGUGCCAGUAUUGAUUUUGGUGGCGACGAACGCACGACCUACGCACGCAUAGGCAGUAACAAGGGCUUGACAACAGUGCCCCGCAGAGUGCACAGAGUAAGACAUGAAUCUCAUCCUGUCUCAUUCCUAUUCCUCAGGGGCGCGCGGAGUUGGCGUGCCCCCGGUGGGGCGCACCUCUUACCGGUAUGUUGGCUUGACGAAACGUGGGUCUUUGCGUCCGCCGAUUAGGUAGCACAUACAUUCGUGUAACCAGAUCGUGUU